AGGAAGGCGGGCCAGGAGGAGGAGCUGGACCCCAUGGACCCGGCCGCCUACUCCGACGCCCCCCGGGGCACUUGGUCCACCGGCCUGGAGGGCGCGCAGCCCUCCGCCGCCGACACCACCGCGGGCGGUCCCCUCUUCCAGUCCCGACCCUACCCCGCACCGGGAUCCGUGCUGAGGGCCAACAAGAAGGCGCUGGCGGGGGCUACGAAGUAG